CUAAUGUCGCUUUGACUGUUGAGUAGAGGUCUGCUGUGGAACCCGCUCCAAUGCCUAUAAUGCACUUAGUAUUAUACACUUGUAACAGCCGUACCCACUUUCUUUAACAACUGUUAACCAUGACAUAAACAUUCAUACAAAGUACAUGCCUGUUGCUUUCACUGUUUACUGCUACACAUCAGAAGCGAGAUUAUUUGAUCUUGGCUACUAAUUAUGCUGUGUUGGAUGUUAUUUCACUAAGCCAUUCAACAAAUAAAUUGUUCAAUUCUUUCACAUCUGAAGCAAAUUUCAGUAAAAACGGAUUCAUGUUGGUCCAAUCACACGUAACGUAGACACCGGUUGAGAGGCGUGUUCAUCCAACAGAUCCCCUGAUGCUGUUCUGCGGUGAAGAUGGCGGAGAGAGGAGACGGCCAUCUGAAACCAAUAAACGGAAAACACUUUUGAUUGUAUGCCGUCUUUCGUACAGCGUUUGUGUAGUUAGUGCUGAUCUGGCCUCCCAGGAUGGACAGUGCUUAGAUGUGGGCAACGUUUAAGCUGAAUGCAUUGUGAUUUCCAAUAAUUGAGACAGUGAUUUCUAAAAAGCUGUCUUCAUUAAUGAAAAGAACAAUGUAGUCAGCUUAGCAUAUUCAACCGUGUACAUGAAUAUUGUUGAAUAGGAGUCUUAAACUGUGUAAUAUUCAUGCAUGUGUUAGAGCUGCAAUUUUUUAGCUAAAUUAGGCAGACCCCUUCCCACUUGCAUUCUCGCAUAGUUUUUAAUAGAGCUCUUUUAAAAAAAUUAAGCAUGGAUGUCAAUGAGAUUUUACCUCCCCUCCCAUUGGAGCCACCAGACGCAGUAUUGGCGGGGAAUGAUUACAUUAAAGCACCUCCACCACCUCCCCUGCAAACGUCCAGUGACGCAGAGGAAAUGGACGUUAGCUCUGGUGGUGAUGGACACCAACACACCCCAGCAGUGGACAGGGACAAACCGCUCCUCCUCAACAAGCGCACAUUGUCCAUUACUAGUCACCUGUCAGGUAGUCCUGACCCCAUGGACACGUGCCCUAGAACCGCUCGCCAUGCUCCCCCAGUUACAAAAUUCUUACCUGAUCUCAAACUCCUCAAAGACGUAAAGAUCAGCGUCAGUUUCUCAGAGAGCAGUAAGAGCAAAGACAGGAAGGUGUUGUACACUGGUUUGGGGCAGGAUAGAGAUGAAGAUCAGAGCCUAGAGGGCCUGAAUGGUGAAUUGCAUGAUUCUUUAGAGCAGAGGAGUGUGCCGGGAUGCUCGAUCAUGAGCACUGGUUCCUUAAGGUUAGCUAGAAACGGCGAAGAGCUGGAGACAGAGCAGGAGAACAAGGUUGAGUUUGCCGUGUUGGAUGACCUAGAAGACUUCAGCGAGAACUUUCUGGAAGCUGAAGAAGGAGAACCGAGUGGUUUCAGGUCUCAGAUGAUAGUUCAGCAGGAGCAAGCGCAUGAGGAGGAUCUGAAUUACUCCUACGAGGAGGACUUUGACAAUGAUGUAGAUGCCCUGCUGGAGGAAGGCAUGCCUAUGCCCAAGAAGAGGCGUCUGGCUGAAGACAAGUACACUGGAGACAGUGAUCACCAUUCAGAUGGGGAGGCCGGAGUUCAGCCCAUGAUGACCAAAAUUAAGACGGUUCUUAAGAGUCGUGGGCGUCCACCAACUGAGCCAUUACCCGAUGGGUGGAUCAUGACAUUUCAUAACUCUGGCAUUCCAGUCUACCUCCACCGGGAAACCAGAGUUGUAACCUGGUCUAGACCUUACUUCCUUGGAACAGGAAGCAUUAGGAAACAUGACCCACCAACCAGUAGCAUUCCCUGCUUACACUAUAAGAAAAUGAAGGAUCAAGAAGAAAGGGAACAGAAUGGAGAGGUGACUCCAACUGCAGAGGUGUCUCCUGUGAAAGCUGGAGAUGAAGGCAUAACAUUGGAGAGAGCUGAUGAGCCUGACUCUACUGCCACAGAAGAGCCGACAGGCAGAACAACAUCAGAAGAUCCAGAGCUUGACCUCAUGGAGCCAGGAGGAUCUUCAGAGGUGAAGGACAGCCAAGCCAAUGACACUGCACAGGGAGCGCUGGGCCAGGUCAAAGCCAAGGUGGAGGUCUGCAAAGAUGAGUCCAUUGACAUUGAGGAGUUUAGAAGCUACUUGGAGAAGUGCUUUGAUUUUGAGCAAGUGACGGUGAAGAAGUUCCGCACAUGGGCUGAGCGUAGACAGUUCAACAGGGACAUGAAGAGGAAGCAGGCCGAGUCUGAGAGGCCCAUUCUACCAGCCAAUCAGAAGCUCAUCACACUCUCUGUACAAGACGCCCCAACAAAGAAGGAGUUUGUCAUCAACCCCAACGGGAAGUCAGAAGUGUGCAUUUUACAUGAGUAUAUGCAAAGAGUACUCAAAGUGCGUCCAGUUUACAACUUUUUUGAAUGUGAAAACCCAAGUGAACCCUUCGGAGCCUCAGUCAUUAUAGAUGGUGUUACAUAUGGCACAGGAACAGCAAGUAGUAAAAAACUUGCCAAGAAUAAAGCUGCUCGAGCAACACUGGAGAUCCUCAUUCCUGACUUCGUGAAGCAAACGUCUGAGGAGAAGCCUGUAGAGGGGGAUGAACUGGAGUAUUUUAAUCAUAUCAGUAUUGAAGAUUCAAGGGUGUAUGAGCUGACCAACAAAGCAGGUUUACUCUCACCAUAUCAGAUCCUUCAUGAGUGCCUUAAGAGAAACCAUGGCAUGGGUGACACCAGCAUCAAGUUUGAAGUUAUUCCGGGAAAGAACCAAAAGAGUGAAUAUGUCAUGACAUGCGGGAAACACACUGUACGCGGCUGGUGUAAAAAUAAGAGGGUUGGAAAGCAGCUGGCUUCACAGAAAAUUCUCCAGAUGCUUCAUCCUCACGUCAAGAACUGGGGCUCACUGCUGCGUAUGUACGGCAGAGAAAGCAACAAGAUGGUUAAGAAGGAGAACUCUGAUAAGAGCGUAAUUGAGCUUCAGCAGUACGCCAAAAAGAACAAGCCAAAUCUUCACAUCCUCAACAAACUACGAGAAGAGAUGAUGAAGCUGGCUGGAGAAAGGGAGGAGGCAAGAAAGAAGCCGAAGAUGACUAUAAUGGAGUCUGCUCAACCUGGCAGUGAACCACUGUGUACUGUUGACGUCUAGCAAACCCUUGUUCAGCAUGUUGUGAUGGCACAUAGCACUGACCCAUGGUAAUAGUUCUAUAACAAAAGGUCAUCCUACCAUUACUGACUUAUGCAUUACUUUGGAGUGCAAAAUGGCAAUACUAGUUACAUUUGUAUUAUCAGAUUUAUGAGCUCUAUUCCCAGUCCAGUUAUUGCCCAUAAUGUAUGGGUUCGGUAAUAGUCAUACAUGCACUAAGGGAAGGUAGAAUAAGCAUUAAAUACCUCCAGAUGCACUUCUGCUCCUGAAAGUGCACCAAUAUUGACGGCUGUUCACAAAUAAUAUGCCUACUUUAAGGUAACUCGUACAAAUGAAGUAUGUUAAAUAUUACAGAAGCUUUUAAGUUUGUGGCUUUUAGAUGUUAAUAAAAAUGUUGCUUUUUCCCUUGUUAAA